AUGUGGAAAGAUCAUAUGCUGUUACAAAAGCUCAAGGAGGAUCGAAAAAUCAUCGAAGAAGAAGAAGCCGAGACCUUAGCAAAACAAGAGGCGUCUCGUCGGAAGAAAAUGGCAAGAGCCCAAGAUUCAAUACUCAAGUACAUGGUGAAAAUCAUGGAGGUUUGCAAAGGAAAGGGCUUUGUGUAUGGGAUUGUGCCUGAGAAGGGGAAGCCAGUGACAGGGUCCUUUGAUAGCUUGAGAGAGUGGUGGAAGGACAAAGUGAGAUUUAACCGAAAUGCCCCAACUGCCAUAGCUGAGUACUUGCCAGCUUUGAUUUUUUAG